GCUACUCUUUAGUGUAGACACUAACAUCGUAAAGUGAACACACGCCCGUCACCACCCACUCUAAUGGAGAAACGUUUAUUUAUUGUGUUGUUGUUCCUAAUAAAUAGUUUCGGUAUUGGUUUAAUUAACAGUGAUUAUCGCCAAAAAUAUGAACCUAAAUGGUCAAGUUUAGACAAACGGCCUUUGCCUACAUGGUACGAUGAAGCAAAAGUGGGCAUAUUUAUACAUUGGGGGGUUUAUUCGGUGCCCAGUAUGGGUAGUGAAUGGUUUUGGACCGAUUGGAAGAAUUUAAAGUAUAAAAACUACAUAGAAUUCAUGGAGAAAAAUUACAAACCCGGCUUUUCUUAUCAAGAGUUUGCUCCCGAAUUUACCGCAGAGCUGUUUAAUGCUACUCAAUGGUCUUUGUUGUUUAGAGACAGCGGAGCAAAAUAUAUCGUUUUGACUAGCAAACAUCAUGAUGGCUAUUGUCUUUGGCCAUCACUUCAGUCUUUUGGUUGGAAUUCCAUGGAUGUUGGCCCAAAAAGGGAUAUAAUCGGCGAACUAUCUUCAGCUAUACGCCAGCAUAGUGACAUAAAAUUUGGCUUGUACUACUCUCUAUUUGAAUGGUUUAAUAGGAUGUACAUAAAUGAUAAGCUUCAUAUAUUUCUAACCGAAGACUAUGUGGAACAAAAAGUUAGACCAGAGCAAAUGACAUUGGUCAAGCAGUAUUUACCGGAAAUAAUAUGGUCGGAUGGCGAUUGGGAAGCUCCGGAUAAAUAUUGGAAAGCGGAGGAAUUUAUAGCUUGGCUCUACAACGAUAGUCCUGUCCGCGACACAGUAGUGACCAAUGAUCGCUGGGGUAUUGGUACAGCUUGUAAGCAUGGUGAUUUCUACAAUUGCAAGGAUCGUUUUAAUCCAGGCAUUUUACAAAAACACAAAUGGGAAAAUGCCUUUACUUUGGACAAAAACAGUUGGGGUCAGCGCUAUGAUCUGACUUUGGAGGACUUUAUGACAAGUGAAGAAGUGAUUCAUGAAAUUAUCACCACUGUUAGUUGUAAUGGCAAUGUUCUCAUCAAUGUGGGACCAACAAAAUAUGGUACCAUAUUGCCAAUAUUUGAGGAGAGAUUACGUGACAUGGGCCAAUGGUUGAAAGUUAAUGGAGAGGCGAUUUAUGCCUCUCGGCCAUGGUUGCAGCAAAAUGAUACGGUCACACCUGGAGUAUGGUAUACCAGCAGAAGCAACAGUGAUAUUUCUCAAAAUGGUGAUAUCUUUGUAUAUGCCAUGGUUUUGGAAUAUCCCUAUGACACCAACACUUUGGAGAUAUAUCCUUGGGGUAGGAAAUUUCAUGAGACAACCACAGUGACUUUAGUGGGUUUGGAUGAUGCGGUGGAUCCUAGUGUGAAGUCAAUUGUAAUGCUGGGCAUGGAGGAUACGAAAAUUAAGUGGCAAUUAAAUGGUGCUGCUGUUAAUAUAGAAUUUCCCCCCAAACAUCACACUGACCGAAGGGGACUUAAAUAUGCUUGGACUUUUAAAAUAAUUAUUGAAAAUGAGUUAUAAUUUCAUGUCAACAAAUAAAAAUCUGACUUUAUUUAAUCAAAA